AUGACACAAAGGGAAUGUUUUUCUGAAGAAAUUAAACAGCUCGCUAUAGAGAAUUCAGUGCAUUCAAAAAGUGAUCUUCGUUCUUUGAAUCCCUUUUUAGAUGAGGAAGGAUUACUGAGAGUAGGUGGGCGAUUAACAAAUUCUAAUCUUGCCUUUUCAGAAAAACAUCCUAUUAUUUUGCCUAAAGGUCAUCACGUAACAAUUUUAAUUAUUCACGAUCAACACGUAAUGAAUUUGCACGGGGGAACUCAAUCGACAUUAAAUUCAAUUAGAACACAAUAUUGGCCAAUUAAUGGUAAAAAUGUUACAAAAUCAGUCAUUCGUAAAUGUGUUACUUGUUUCCGUGCUAAACCGACUGAUCAAAACUAUUUUAUGGGCGAUCUCCCACGCGAAAGAGUAAUUCAAUCGCGACCUUUUUUUAAUGUCGGACUUGAUUAUUGUGGUCCAUUUUUCAUAAAAGAGAAAAAAUUUAGAAACCGAAGUAAAGUAAAAACAUACGCUUGUAUUUUUGUUUCUUUGGCAACGAAGCCCAUUCACAUUGAAUUAAUUACUGAUUUAACUGCAGAAGCGUUUAUUGGCGGUUUGCGUCGAUUUUUCUCGAGACGUGGAUAUGCUUCAAACAUUUACUCUGAAAAUGCCACAAAUUUUGUAGGUGCCAAAAACGAAAUUCAGAAAUUUAGUAAAUUCAUUCAUGAGUCUGAGCACACAUCAAAAAUUGUAAAUUUUCUAACUAAUAAAGAGAUUCAAUGGCAUUUCUCGCCACCUCAAUCACCGCACUUUGGGGGUCUUUGGGAAGCGGCAGUCAAAUCUUUUAAAUCCCACUUUAAGAAAACAGUAGGGGCUGUAUUGUUUACUUAUGAAGAAUUAUUAACAUACACGACUGAAAUAGAAGCCAUCCUUAAUUCACGUCGCAUCACCAACCGCUUAUCCAGCUGGCAACAUAUACAUCGUGUCCGACAACAUUUUUUGAAUCGAUGGUCAAAGGAAUACCUUAAUCAACUUAAUGUGCGGUCCAAAUGGCAAGUGAAAAAACCAAACAAUAUAACCAUUGGAACAAUGGUUCUCUUGAAGGAAGAUAAUGUUCCUUCUCUUCAUUGGCCUUUAGGACGAAUCACGGAAGUCUUUCCUGGGAACGAUGGUCUAGUUUGA